CCCAGUGAAACAAUUAAGAUGGAGCAGACAUUCAUCAUGAUCAAGCCUGAUGGCGUCCAUCGAAACCUGAUUACUGAGAUAAUGGGACGCUUCGAAUGCAGCGGUUUCUGUCUGAAAGGUUUGAAGUUCUUAAAAGUGGAGCGGUCCAUUGCGGAGAAGCACUACGAGGAUUUGGCGGGAAAACACUACUUCCCUGCGCUUGUGGGGGACAUCACAUCUAGCCCUGUGGUGGCCAUGAUUUGGGAGGGCGACAAUGUUAUUGUGAAAUGCCGGAAGAUUAUUGGGGCUUCUGAUCCUUCUAAAUGGGAUGAUCCUUCUAAAUGGGAACCUGGAUGGGAACCUGGUACUGUUCGGGCCGAUUAUGCAAUUGAAAUUGGGAGGAAUGUAAUACAUAGAAGUGAUUCAAUUGAGAGUGCAAGGAAAGAGAUCGCUCUGUGGUUUCCAGAAGGCCUAUCCGGAUCCGAGAGCAAUCUUUACUAGGAGUGUUCUCUACUUUUUGCUUGUUA